GGUGCCUGACGGAAAAUCAAAGUUCCAUUAUAUGUUGCUGCGCAAAUUAAUAUUAUAUCGAGAAUUAAAAUUGAAAAUGUAUUUCGACAAUUCUAUUGUAGUAAUAGAACAAUGACGUGUGAGUCAUUCACAAAUUAUAUCGACGAGAAACCAAAUUUUGAGAGUUAGUACUCGAUCCGACGUUGAAUAGCUUAGUUGAUUAUAUUUGUAAUUAUAUUUUAUGAAUUGUGUGUAAAUUGUAAUAAUUUUAUUUAAUUAAUUUUUGAAACUGUUGUUCUCUCUACGAAUGUGAAGUAAAAAAAAGACUGUGUUAAACUGACUAUUAAUCUUUAUUGUGCAACUCUAUAUAUUAUAAACAAAUUAUUAAAUCGUUGCUUUGUGUAGUUCGUUUAUAUGUUCAAAAUAAAUAUUUCCGGCUUACAAGCGGUGGUAUCUUGCCUUUUGUUAGGAGCUAUAGUUCUUGUGGUCGGUUUGGUUCAGCUUGCUCCAGGAGCAACAACUACCGACCACCGACUUGCUUUACUCAUAGCUGGGGCUACUUUGCUUCUUAUGGGCAUUCUAUUGGCAGCUGUUAGGUGUUACGUUUUACACUGCAUACCCCUGUCAAGUGAAUCACCCUUGGCCACGCCGUUGCCGCAAACAGUUUCCGAAGAAUCACCAGAAACACGAGCCACACUCGACCUUCUGGUAGGUCACGAAAAUCAACCAGAAACUGAUACUCCAACGAAUGGAGAUCGCGCUCGUCAACACCAGAAUCAUCACCGCCAUCAUCAACAUCAUCAUCAUCAUCAUCAUGACAACCACAAGAAAAAACGUAGCUCUCAAAGCUCUCACUCAGAAGAUGCUUAACUUCCUUAAUAAUAAUAAUAAUAAUAAAAAUAAUUAAAAUAACAUAUAUAAUAAAUAUGCUGGGAGUACCAUUUUAGAUUCAAUGAAUAAUGUCGUGCCUAAUCGAUGUACACUUACAUACAAAAAAAAAGGAGAAGAAAGGAGAUCAAGAAAGAGAAAGAUUUUUUUUAUUGAUAAUAAUUUUUAAAUUCUUUUCUUCUAUUUUAUACAAACACAAAAAAUUUAAAUUAUUGAAUUUUAAAUAAUUAAUUUAAUAUUGAAAAUUGAAAUAAUUAAUUAAUUCAAUUAAUCGAUUAUUUGAAUAAAUAAAUAAAUAAAAAAAAUAGACCAAAACAGUAACUGACGAUCAAUGUUAGAAAAAAUAAUCCUACACAGUAACAACAAAAAAAAAAAAUUAAUCUGGAUUUUCAAAAUUAAAUGUCAAUGAAGUUAGGGUUGACGCUAUUGUUUUAGAUUUUUAGAAACGAAAAAGUCACUAAUUCCACGUCUUUUCUUUAUCUAGAGAACUAGCAACUUCUUACUGCCUUUUUAAAAUAAAAUUAGCAAUUUUAAAAAUAAUAAAAUUUGAAAAUUUUUUAAUUUAAAUUUUUGUUGAAAACACUAAAAAAAAUUUUAUUUUGGAGAAAUUACAAAUAAUUGCAGAA